AUGAAUGUUUUAAAGCACUUUGAUGUCCCAGAGGGUACAUCUGAAGACAAGAAUAAAAAAUUUCAAGCAAAAUGCAUGUACUGUGCUAAGCAUAUCUCGGGCAGUUUAAAGAUAACCUCAAAUUUUAUCACACAUAUCAAGGGAAAACAUUCAGAUGUGUCUCUAGAAAAACUGGAACCAUCAACAUGUACUUCAGAUCAACCUAAAAUAUUUAAUCCAACGGAAUCUGAUACCGAAGACAAUAAUUUAACAGAGCCCGAUAUUGAGGAAGAAGAGACAGGCUUCAAGCAUAUGCGUUGUUAUGCACACACAUUGCAACUAGUGGUACGAGAUGGACUCAGGGAUUGCAGUUUAAAUAUUCUUAAAGUUAUAGCCAAAGUAUCAAAAAUUGCUGGACACAUUAGAAAAUCAGUUGCUGCUUCAGACUUACUGCAGGAAGAAAACCGAGUCCAGACUGCCAAUGCGACACGCUGGAACAGCCAGCUUGUAAUGAUCAAGUCCAUUCUCAAUAUUCCAGAAGAGAAAUUAAAUCUUGUUGAGUAUUCAUUGAAACUUACCUCAUACGAAAGAAAAUUACUUAGUGAAAUAUGUAAAAUUUUGAGUCCAUUUGAAUUAGCCACCAACAUGAUUCAGAAUGAUAAAACUGUAAGUGCUAGCAUGACUAUUCCAGUAACAAUAGGACUAAAGAGACAUUUGAAAAAUGUUCAGUGUGACUAUAACUCAAACUUAGUUAAAAGGCUUAGGGAGUCUACAGAACAAAGAAUGUCCAUAUAUGAGGAGGAAGACACCUUUGUAACUGCCGCUAUCCUAGAUCCCAGGUUCAAGUUAACUUGGUGUGAACCAGAUCAGACCCAGAGAUAUACCACAAACCUCAAACAGAAGGUCAUAAAACACAUUCCAAAUUUUCAGGAGGAUGAACAAUCAUCACUUUCCAAGCGUACUAAACUGGAUCAAGAGGCUGAAGAUUUCUUCAGUUUCCUACCAUCAACUCCCAAACGGUCUAGGAACCCAUCUGGCUCAGGAGAAUUUGAAGUUGAUGAGUAUUUAAAUGAAGAAUGCAUAGACAGACAGGACGACCCACUCCAGUACUGGAAGAAACACUAUUCCAAGUACCCCACAUUAGCAGAACUUGCAGUUAGAUUCCUGGCCAUUCCUGCUGCUUCGGCGCCAGUCGAAAGACUAUUCUCUAUCGCUGGCAAGAUUUUCAGGCCAGAUCGUAACAGACUAAAUGAUCAAAUCUUUGAGCAGCUCAUGUUCAUAAAAUGCAACAGUGAUAAACUAUAG